AUGCCGCUCCAUUUGAAAGCAGAUGUUACUGUCAACAGAACACAAUGGAUAGAGCCCAGAAUCUUAUCACCCAUUAAAGAAGAACGGUCAGAGCCUGCCAUAGACAACUGUUUCUGUAGCCCAUUUGGAUCCAGACGAAAUGUCCUGGCAAACCCAGAGGAAAGGCCUAUUCGCCCAGGACUUAAAGAGAAGCAGAAAACGUUUGAAGAGUUUGUUGAGGAGCAUCUCAAAGUACAUCAGCCUGUUCUCCAACAGGAUGAUCAGACUUGUAGACAAACCACACAAGCACAAAAGAAGGAUUUCCUUCGUAAAGGAGAAGGAAUGUCUAGGAUGGUGAAGGGUAAGGAUGGCUCACAGAUAAUCCAAAGGAGAAAUUCUCUUAGUCCACAAUUCAUGAAUCUGAAGUCCAUGCCGCAGAAGAUAUCCUCUUUUGAACUUCAUCAAAAUGGAAAAAAGAAUGAGAUGCCAAAUAUCAGCCGUACCAGAAGAUAUUCGCUCCCAAAUGUAAAGGACUUGAGCAACCUUGGUGACCGAAAAUGUGACCUUGAAGGAUUUCAGAAGAAGCCCAUUGAUCCACAAGAUGACCAUUUGAAACAGGCUUACAAACCUCUGACGUCUAGCCUUGUUGACAUGACAAACUCGCUCAAAAAUAUGCACAGUUCUGAAGACAAGGGUAAAACCAACAAAGCAAAGUCCCAAAAAAGUGGAUUAAAUAAACCUAACUGUCCUAGAGAUGUCCGGAAAGUGGAUUCCUUCAAUGAAAAUGUUGGCUUUAAAAAAAUUAAUGACCACAUUGUCAAAGUCAAAGAAAAAAGUGACCAAGCUACAAGCAGUUCGCAUGGCCGAAGCGAGCGUAACAAAGAGUUGGGUUUAUGCAAUGAGGUAAUGGAGUCUCUGGCUCUUAGUGAUUCCAAUGACAGCACAAGCAGUGAGGAUGGACCCAUUUCUCAAUCUCAUAGACCGUUGCCUCUUUUUCCCUCAAGGCACACGGAUUAUAAAGAUCAAAGUUUAGAUCUGUCAGACGAUGACUAUGCAAGCGAUGCCCCGAGUGAGACUGAGAUAGUUAAUGAAAAACAUCGUUCCUCAACUCCUACCUCCAGUUCUUCAAGCUCCAGUAGUGACUCAGAACUUCAAAGGUUACAAAAGCCAAUGACAAACCAUUUCAAGAAAACAGAAGAUCAACACGUUCAACCAAACGAGGGCAAAUGGCCAGGAGAUGCUGUCGGUGAUUUCAGACCACCUUCAAGACUCAUGAAGGAGACAGGGCAGCAUGACUUUAAUGAUGGAGAUGACCACACACCUGCCAGAAGACAUAAAGAAGACCCAUCUGAAAUUUGUAAGACUCAGGAUCUAAGGCAGCAGAUCUUUUUCCUAAAGCAGAAUUUGAUGGAGAGGGAGGUUCACUGGUCUCAGAUCCACAAUCUCCUGCAGAACCGUGUGGAAGUCCUCACCAAAGAGAACCAGGAGCUUUAUAGCAAACUCAGUGGGAAUGGAAGAUCUCAACUUGGAUCAUACAAUACAGGUAAUACGAGCAGAGAGGACAUGCAGAGAAACUCUGGAGUCAGAAGUGCCACUCCUGCGUUUACCAAACCCUCUGUCCACAAGAAGGAAACACAAACAGGACACCUGGCCAACGAACACACAGCCAUCUCUUUGAGAAAACGUUCUGCAUGUUCACUUGAUGUUGGGAAUCUUGAUAGUGAUGCCAUGAUAACACAAGGCAGACCGGGAAGUUUGUUUCAGCGCAAUAUCAACUGCAGUGAUGCACAAAUGACAUCUCAAUCCAGAAAAGAUCAAGUGAAAGAAGAGAUACGCUAUCCAGAUGGAAGGGAAGAGCGUCUUUUCUUGAACGGAUGUCGCGUAAUCACGUUUCGCAAUGGAACGAAGAAGGAGAUUGGUGUUGACAGGUCUAUCACAGUUACCUUCUUUAAUGGAGAUGUUAAACGUAUACUGGCUGAUGGGACUGUGAUUUACUAUUAUUGUGAUGCUCAAACGAUUCACUCAACGUAUCCGUCUGGUUUGGAGGUUCUGCAGUUUCCAAACAACCAAAGAGAAAAACGCUAUCCUGAUGGUAAAAGAGAAAUAGCCUUUCCUGACGGCACAGUCAAGAUACUCUACCUGGAUGGUCGAGAGGAAAGCAUUUUUUCGGAUGGAACGGUCGUCCGGAUAUCAAAACACGGUGAAAAGAUAGUGGAGUUUACUAAUGGCCAGAGGGAGAUCCAUACUGCGCAGUAUAAGCGGAGGAUGUACCCAGAUGGGACGAUUAAAACUGUCUACACAAACGGGAGGCAGGAGACCAAGUUCUCAUCCGGGAGGGUUCGCAUAAAGAACGAUGAAGGCAUCGUUAUAAUGGACAAGAAAUAAAUCCCUUUUAAUUUAAUUAUUUGAUUUUUUAAACUGUUAAAGACAUUUCACAAGACUUUUUUAAGAUGUCAAAUAAAUCUUUGGUGUCCCCAGAGUACAUAUGUGAAGUUUUAGCUCAAAAUGUCAUAUAGAUAAUUUAUUAUAGCAUGUUGAACAUGCCACUUUAUAGGUGUGAGCAAAAAUGUACAGCUGAUCUAUGCACCAAAUGGCAGUGCUGUGGUUGGAUAGUGCAGAUUAAGGGGUGGAAUUAUCCCCUUCUGACAUCACAAGAGGAGCCAAAUUUCAAUGAAGCACUGGGGACCCAAUUAUAGCACUUAAACAUGGAAAAGUCUGAUUUUCAUGAUAUGUCCCCUUUAAUAUAACGUUGGUAUAAAUAUAAACACAAAGCCAUAAUCAACAGCACAGUGGCUCAGUGGGGAGCCCUCUGUUUG